AUGGCCAGCCGACCAAGACGCAACCAACCCGGAAGUCGUCCCGACUUUCCAUGGUACACUUUUCCGCGAAAUGUUGGGCCCAAGGUUUAUACUAGAUGGAAUGCAAAGCUGGAUUGGCUUAAGCAACGAAAAGUUCAUGUGCCCGCAGUGGUAGAUUGGCAGUGGAUGAGUGAAACCGGAUUGAUGGAAGCAAUUGAACCAUAUCUUGAUAAAUCGUUUAAUGGAGUUCAUGGGCAAUUUUUUUUGUCUCGGGUGGAGGCGGAUAUUCCAAAUUCAAGAGAUCGUGUACAAAGAACUACUCAUCGAAUUUCUAGCCACGGUGUCUUUUGCAAGGAAGGAUGGCAUUUAUACUGA